UACAUACCCCACUUCUCCCGUCCGUUUGGAACAACAAACACUAAUAUUGUCAAAUUUCUGGGUUUGUUCAUUUUGUUGUUAGAGAAAUCAGGGGCACGAUCUACACAAUCUACAGGUGAAUCAGCUCUCCUCUACAGUUAGAGAAAAUUCAACAGCUUGGAGGAUAUGGUACUUCUCUCUAGUUCUGUUAGAGGUUUGGGGAUUCUCGAUUACCAUCUUCCCACAUUUUAUCAGCCGUACGUCUCUCUCAGUUCAAAAUAAUGAGCUUUAGUUUCUGGAGGAAAAUUAACAAGAAGAUAAGAUCCAAAGCUUGCAUCAAUUUCUAGCUCCUCUUCAUACAACUCAUCUUCACCUUGCUGCGACUAAUAAUCUGGAAACAUUCUUGAAGCUUCUCUUCAUACUGUUCAUCUUUACCUUGCUGAGACUAAUAAUCUGGACACAUUCUUGGAAUUUCCAUCUCUUUAAAGACUAUGGCACCUAAUAAAGAAUGGAUGCAACUUUUUGAUGAUCGACUUGAUAAUGCUUAUGUGCUUGGGGUGGAGAAAUUUUUGAAUUAUGCUUUUACAAAGUUAGGAGAAAAAAAAGAAAUACGUUGUCCAUGUAUGAAAUGUUGUAAUGCAUCUUCAAGAACUCGUGAGAUGGUUAGGUCACAUUUAUUGGUACAUGGAAUUGUCCGAAGUAAUACUUUUUGGUAUCAUCAUGGGAAGAGGUUACAUGAACCAGAAUCAGAUUCUGAAUUUGUAGACCAUAAUGACAUUGAAAGGGAUGAUGAGGAGGAUGAAAUACAUGAGAUUUUAGGGGAUUUAUAUCCUAAUUUGAAUGAAGUCAAUAUGAACACUGGUGGUGAUGAUAUUUUUGAGGAGGAACCAAAUCCUGAAGCAAAACGAUUCUAUAGUCAUUUAAAAGAUUUUGAGCAACCAAUCUAUGAAGGUUCCAAAGCUUCUAAACUUUCUACUUUGGUCAAAUUACUUCAUAUAAAAAGUAUUGGUAAAUGGAGUAGUGCGUCAUUUACAAUGUUGUUGAAGAUGCUGAAGGAAGAUUUAUUGCCAAAUGGAUCAAAUUUGCCAAGUUCAUAUUACAAUGCAAAAAAGAUAAUUCGGGAGCUUGGAUUUUCUUACCAGAAAAUUGAUGCAUGUAAGAAUAAUUGCAUGUUGUAUUGGAAGGAUGACGUGCUUCUUGAAUCUUGCAAAGUAUGUGGAAUGUCUAGAUGGAAGGAGGAUAAACGUAAUAGGGAAACAAAAUUUAAGCGUGGGAAAAAGAUACCAUGCAAGAUUUUGUGUUAUUUUCCUCUAAAGCCAAGACUUCAAAGACUGUUUGUCUUCAAAAAAAUCUUCUUUGAUGAGGUGGCAUCAUGAUGAGAGAGUUGAUGAUGGAAUAAUGAGGCAUCCUGCUGAUUCAGUAGCUUGGAAGACACUGGAUGAACUUCACCCAUCUUUUGCUACUGAACCGCGUAAUGUUCGACUUGGACUUGCUAGUGAUGGUUUUCAACCUUUUAAAAGUACAAAAACUCCACAUAACAUUUGGCCUGUGGUAUUGAUUCCUUAUAACGUACCACCUUGGUUAUGCAUGAAGCAAGAAAAUUUUAUUUUAUCGAUGCUUAUUCCAGGCCCUAAAAGUCCCGGAGAUGCAAUUGAUGUUUAUUUCCAACCUUUGAUAGAAGAAUUAAAGGAAUUGUGGGAAACUGGUGUGAAGACCUUCGAUGCAUCAUCUAGACAAAAUUUUAUGUUACAUGCAUCUUUGUUAUGGACCAUUAAUGACUUUCCUGCGUAUGCAAAUUUGUCAGGAUGGAGUACCAAAGGAAAAUUGGCUUGCCCAUGUUGUAAUAAAGAAACUCUUUCAAUUUGGUUGAAAAAUGGGAAUAAACAGUGUUAUAUGCGCCAUAGACGCUUUCUUCCUCGUAUUAACAAAUGGAGGAAUGAUAAAGAUUCUUUUGAUGGCACUAAAGAGCAUAAAUUACCACCAAAAAUGCUAUCUGGUAAUGAUAUACUUGAUCAAGUGGCUGAUUUAGAUGGUAACAUACUAUCAAAGGAUCCAAAGAAAGAGACUAAAAUAUCACAUGAUAAUACGGGUGAUAAUUGGAAUAAGAAGAGCAUUUUCUUUGAUCUUCCAUAUUGGAAAACUCUAUUGUUGCGAGAUAACUUAGAUGUGAUGCACAUUGAGAAAAAUAUAUGUGAUAACAUUUUGGGAACAAUCUUAAAUGUCAAAGGAAAAACCAAAGAUACCAUAAAUUCUCGAUUGGAUUUGGAAGUAAUAGACAUAAAGAAAGAAUUGCAUCCGAUAAAAAAGGGGGAUAAAUAUGAGUUACCAACUGCAUGUUAACAUUAUCACCUGAAGAGAAGCAUAAAUUUUUCAAUUUCUUAAAGAAUUUGAAGGUCCCAGAUGGAUUUUUAUCCAAUAAAUCUCAGUGUGUCAAUCUUAAAGAUCGCAAACUUUCAGGAUUGAAAAGUCAUGAUUGCCACGUUAUUCUACAACAUCUACUCCCACUUGCAAUACGUGGUAUGCUUCGCAAAUAUGUACUUGAACCACUUAUUGAGUUGUCUAUAUUUUUCAACAUGCUCGGAGCAAAAUGUUUGAGAGUAGAUGAGCUAGAGAAAAUAGAAGCCCAAAUUCCUAUAACUCUAUGCAAGUUAGAAAAGGUUUUCAUUCCUGCAACGGAAUGUAUGACUUUA